UUACUCCGAUCUUAAUCAAGCACAGAACAGAGUUGGCAAAAUUUGAGGGAAACUGGAUAUUUUCCUCUUGUUUGAAUUUUGAACAAGCUUAUGAAAUUCUAAUUAUAUGUGUUCUUGGCCAAUUGUAGACUGACUUAUAGUCCAUAGUUGAUUUCCACGCAACAGAUAAUUUUAAUUAUCCUUCUUUUUCUUUGUACUGAUCUAAAACGUCAUGUGAAAUUGUCCGGUAUGAUUUUAAAAUAUAUACUAAGCCGGCUGGCCGUAGCAAUCAACAUUUAAACAAUAAAAGUAGUUUAUACUGGUAUGCGAUGAUGGUUGACAAAAAAGAGUAGAGAAGAAAUUUUCCUGAAUCAAUUAGACAGUUAGUGUCUUUUCAAUUUAUAUUGUUGUGUUCUAGGCAAUUAUUGAAACUGCUUGCAGACCCUUUGAAGCAUAUUCAGAGACAAGAUGGAAGCAUACCCAAUGAAUGGUGGAAAUGGUCCAAAUAGCUAUGCCAAUAACUCAUUUCUUCAGAGAUUUUUUGUUGAUUGGUCUAAAUCAAUGAUUGAUGAGGCGAUUGCAGAUUAUCUUGACAUCCAAAUUUGCCCAUCAUCAAACACUUUCAGGAUAGCAGAUUUGGGUUGCUCUGCAGGGCCAAAUACAUUUAUUGCGAUGCAAAACAUAAUCGAAGCUAUUGAUCGCAAAUACCGCGAAUUCGAAGGACUAAGUGGUUCAACACCUGAAUUUCAUGUCUAUUUUAAUGACCAUGCAUCAAAUGAUUUCAACACCCUUUUUGUAACUCUCCCACCGGAGAAACCUUACUUCGCUGCCGGUGUACCGGGUUCUUUUCACACCCGUUUAUUUCCUAAAGGCACUCUUCAUGUGGUUUAUUCUUCGCUUUCAAUUCAAUGGUUGUCUCAUGUACCAAAAGAAGUGUUAGAUAUUGAUUCCCCUGCUUAUAAUAAGGGCAGAAUCCAUUACACAAAUGCUAGACAAGAAGUGUUCGAAGCUUAUUCAGCUCAAUACGCCAAGGAUAUUGAAGCUUUUCUUCACGCUCGUGCUGAAGAGGUCGUCUGCGGAGGAUUAGUGGUGCUCAUUGUUCCAGCGAUCCCAGAUGAGAGCCCACCUUCUCAAUUACACACACAAUCUAUGUUUGAUAUUUUGGGAUCUUGUCUCAUGGACAUGGCCAAGACGGGAAUAAUGGAAGAAGCAGAAGUGGACUCUUUUAACUUGCCAGCAUACUCAACAACAUCACGAGAAUUAAAGAAUUUGGUAGAGAGAAAUGGGUGUUUUAAUAUAGAGAGAAUCGUGGAUAUUCUUCCUCAAGAAAAUAAAAUGAGACCUUCUGUACAAACAUUAAGUGACCAUUUCAGAGCUGCCCUCGAAGGGGUUAUAAAAUCACACUUUGGAUUCGACGAGCAUGUUCUUGACCUCCUUUUCCAACAUCUAUAUCCCCAAAAAAUUGAAGAUACUUUUGCAAGUCUGACUACGUAUAUGGAGAAAACUACAACGUUGUUCGUUAUUCUCAAACGCAAAUAAUAAUUUAUUUCGUUUACUGGGGUGAUCAUCCCCCUCUUUGAAGUUUUUGAAGAGGGUGCAAGAUUUUAUAGUUUGUAGGUGAUUUCUGGUUGGUUGUGUGUUUGUUUGCAGGGCUUCCCGGAGCUUCCAUUUCCAAUCGAGUGUUUGUGUAUGUACUAGUCUGGUGUCUUGUUUGAAGCAAACGAAACAAAAAAUACAGCAUAUGAAUAAUGUAAUAACCCUUGCUCCGGCAUGGCAAUUUUAAUAAUUUGAUUUUAUAUUUGUACUCUUUAA